CGCAAGAAAUCAAGUCUGGUUUGCAAGGUUCCGGAUUGCCACGCCAAACGUGAAGUUAGAUUCUCAAAAGCUAGAGAAACUCACAAAAGGUCAACAAGGGGAUCCACACGGGUGCGGGAAUUGAGCGAGGAGAGUUUGGAAGCUAAAUGGAACGCCGUGGAAAAACUCAUCUGCGCUGGGCAGAAAAUGAAUGCCUGGUCCAGAGAACAGGUAAUCCAAAGUAGUCCUGUGCUUCAGGCGGGGAGUCAAAAAGUACAAACAGGAGUAUGUGGUAAAGUGUCGUCAGAGUAUGUGCCUUCGGUCACGAUCUCAGCAAAACAGUCUAAACUGGCGCAUUUUGUCGUGCCAAAUCCGAGCAUGGAUACUCUGAAGUCUGGGGAAGAAUCUGAUGGUACAGGAAUUCGAGAACGAAAGUUCGCGAGGAAAUAUCAAAGUUUCAGUGCAGGCGGGGCCGAGAGAGUGCCAAAAAAGACUGGGAAAGAUCAAUACUGGAAUCAAACGACAUCAUCGAAAUUGGAAAAGGAUAAAUUAAUCAUGGGUAGCAAGGAAUGGAUGGACGCACAUUUGACUGCUGUUUUAGACAAAGCGAAGAUGACAAGAGAGCUUUGCCAAAUGGGAUAA